CCUCCUGUCCCCUGUGCAUGUGUCCAUGUGUGUGUCAAUGUCUUUCUGAAGAUUCCCACCCACAGUUUCAGGAGAACUUCACUCAGCCGUCCAUCCCAGUGUGGAGAGGAGUGGAAUUUUUCCUCUACGAGCUCAGCGGGAUCGACAGCAGGCCUACAAUUUCAGAAACUCAGAACAGAGUCAAACAUCCAGCAGGAUCUGAAGAUGAGGAGUGGAGUGGGGCUGUGUGUGCUGGGCCUGCUGGGCCUGCUGUGCUCAGUUUUUGGGCAGGAGGCAGCGGAGGUCCAGUCUGGUGUCCUGAUCUUUUGUGAUGACCCGUCUGUGGAGAAGGCUGUCCACAGCGCUGUGGACAAAUUCAACGAGAGGCUGAGCACCGGCCAUAAGCUGGCCCUCUUUCAGAUACUGAAAGCCAGCAAGUCAGAGAAUGGCUCAGACUCAGUGUACUCACUGAAGUUCACUACCUGGAAGAGCGAGUGCACAGCUGACAGCAGCAAACCCUGGACAGACUGUGACUAUUUGCAGUCUGGAAGCAAGGGGCCGAUUUCUUGCAACGCCACGGUCCUCAUGUCAGAGACAGAGGCUGAGACAAAGCAGGUGGACUGCCAGAUUGAAGGGCACAUCGUUCCCGAGAAAGCAACUUGCUUGGGCUGCCCAGAGCUCAUCACUGAAGACUCAGAGGACCUUAAGGUUCCCCUUUCUGUCUCCAUCUCCAAGUACAACUCCAUGUCUGACUCUACUCACCUGUUCAGUCUGCACAAUAUUGGCCACGCCACCAGACAGGUGGUUGCCGGCUUCAGAUUCAAGCUGAUUUUUGACAUGAAGAAGACCAUCUGUUCCAAGGCUGAACACACAGACCUGAAGGAGAUAUGCAUCCCAGAUGAAAAGAAUCUGGAAUUUGCCAACUGCAACUCUACAGUGGAUGUAGCACCUUGGAGACUUGAGCCACCACAGGCCCACAUAGAGUGUGCACCGGGUCCAUUGCCACACACUACAUUCACCAGGCGUCGUCCUCCUGGUUGGUCUCCUCUCAGGCACUUCCUGUAUGAAGUAAAACCCCAAGCCACAGCUACAUCUUCACCCUCACAACCCCCCACCACAGCUAAAACCAAAGAAGAAUCAUCUGAGGAGGACACCACAUCUGCCACACCGUCAGUUUCGCGUGACGCAGCUGCGAAAGACCACCUCUUCCACUGCCCAUCCAAGCCCUGGAAAGCUUUGAAGCCUCACCACUCUGCAGCUCCUACCAAGGCUACCGUAGAAGCGGCUUCUCCACAGCCCCCAGCAGAGGGAACCUUCAUCGAUAAAGACCUGCUGUCAUAAUUUCUUUCCUCAAGGGAGCCAGAUUCAUAACAGAAAAUUUCCACUUGUUGCGCUCUUCCAGCAGAUUGUUUUGUGUUUUUGUUGCAGACUAGUUCUCUAGUUGCUGCAGGGAGUUUUGGGAGAUGAUGAUCGUCUUGUAAGAUGCCAGGUUUCAAAUGAUACAACAGAUGGGUUCAGUUAAUAUUUUUUUAAGGUCUUGUAAGUCUUAAGAAAACUGAGGAAAGAGGAAAAGAAACUGAAAUUAAGACAGAACUCUAAUUUUACAGCUCUCAAGAAAGUGAUGUCUGUUUGGAAUCAAAGAGUUGAGUUCAUCAAAGGAUAGAGCAGUUUGUGUGCUGGUUUA